AUGACACCCCAACAGUUGAUUGAAUUCGCUUGGGGACUUGCUAAUAGCAGGAAAACAUUCUUGUGGAUCAUUAUACCUGAUUUGGUUACCGGUGACUCGACAAUUCUUCCACCAGAUUUUGUGAAUGAGACUAAAGAAAGGGGUCUAUUGGUUAGUUGGUGUCCUCAAGAACAAGUCCUGAGUCACCCAUCAGUUGGAGGGUUCUUGACACACUGUGGAUGGAAUUCAACUCUUGAAAGUCUUUGCAUAUGUUGUGUUGGCCUUUUUUUUUUUCCAGAGCAACUGACAAACUGUUGGCUCUGUUGCAAAGAGUGGGUUAUAGGGAUGGAGAUAAACAGUGAUGUGAAAAGAGAGGAGGUUGAGAGCUUAGUUAGAGAGUUGAUGGGUGGAGGAGAGAAAGGGAAGGAGAUGAAGAGAAAGGUCAUGGAGUGGAAGAAUUUGGGUGAAGAGGCAACAGCUUGUUCUGUUGGGUCAUCUUACUUGAAUUUUGAUAAAUUGGUCAGAUCUGUGCUCAUGUCCACUGGUUCAAGUGAAAGUAGUUGUGUGUGCCAAUUUUCCAUCUUACAAGCAAUUUCUGAAAUAAGUUUUUCACUGUUUGGAAUAAUGAUGUGCAAGUAUUUCAAUGCCAGGGGUUUUGGGGAAGGACUAGUAGUUUGA